AUGGCCCACGGAACAACGUGGAAUUCACCCUGCAUGAUGCGCUGGGAAGACACCAAGCACAUUGUGCCCGCAGUGCCCACGUUGAAGAACCACACGGCGACCCUCGUCGGUUCUCGCAUCUUUGUCUUUGGAGGGUACGACGGUCGCCGCAACCACAACGACUUGCACAUCUUUGACUGCAACACGUUGACGUGGGAAACGUAUUCCGAUCCAACGGCGCUGCCACGACAUGGUCGGCCGUCGGCUGCGUUUCCUGUCGGCCGCAAUGGACACACGGCAACGCUUGCCUACGACAGCAUAUACAUUCUGGGCGGUUGGCUCGGCAAUGGACUGUAUGCCGCGAACGAUCUCCACAUCUUGCACGUCCACACGAUGGAAUGGGAAUCGCCUGCCACCACAGGUACCCAUCCCGGUCCGUGUAACAUGCACACCACCGACUUUUUCCCGCAUCUCAACGGACUACUCGUCUUUCGUGGCGGCGACGGCAAAGAAUACUUGAAUGAUCUCCACCUCUUCGACCUGGCAACGCGGCAUUGGAGCGUCCCCUCCACUAGCGGCACCCCACCGAGUCCCCGCGCAAAUCACAGCUCGGCCGUGCUGGGCUCACAGUUGUUUGUGUUUGGCGGGUGGAAUGGCUCCCAUCGUUUGAACGAUCUCCACGUGCUCGACACGACCUCAUGGCGUUGGUCGGGAAUUGUAUUCCCGGAAUCCACACCUUUGCCAUUCCCCCGAGCCGGCAUGACGUUGGUCGCCUUUCGUCGGCGCUUCUUUCUCUUUGGCGGGUACGGCAGCGCCCCCUCCGCCACGUACCCCGCCAAGUGCUUCAACGAUCUCCAUGUGUUGGAUGUUGUGGACGGCGACAAGUGCACGGCGACGUGGACCGUCGUCGACGGCACGUCAAACCAACCUGGGUGUGCAUCCAGUCCGCGAUCGUCCCAUCACAACGAAUACCUCAACGACAUGCACAUCCUCGACACGGACCCGCUGCCACACGCGACCGUGCCAUUGGCACCCCCCGUCAACUUUAAUCUUGCGCUGCAGUCGUACGCCAACUCGGCCACUCUAGCCGACGUCUCGUUCGUCGUGGAGGGCUACGUCGUGUACGGGCACAAGCUGGUGCUGUCGAUGGCGAGCCCAGCGUUUCGCGCAAUGUUCUCGACCGGGUUCCGCGAGGCGACGAACGAUGCCAUCGUCAUUCCGCAUGUGUCGCGCACCGUGUUUCAGGUCAUGAUGAAAUAUGUGUACUCUGGGCAUCUCGUGUCGGGGGAGCUCGGAUGGGACGACCUCCUCGACCUCCUCGUCGCGGCCGACCAGUACAUGCUGGACCACCUCAAGCAACUCUGCGAACGAGAUCUCGAGCGAUUGCUCGAUACGACCAACAUUGACGACGUGAUGGAUGGCGCGACUCGAGCAAAUGCAUCCCACUUGGCCGCUGUCUGCCGCCACUUUGUGCGCAAUGCGGACCAGGGUCGACGCAAGCCAUCGCGUGCCUCCACCGCGUCUCCGUGA